UAAAAUCAACGCAAUGAAUACUCAUUAUACAAAACGUAACAAGUUCAUCAAAAGUUCACAAACAGAUUAGAUAAUAACAUAAUAUAAUAAUUAUAUCAUCGCAAAGAGAACUUUUUCUAGUUCUUCGCAGUUCAUUUAUUCACAUCGCGAGUUGAAUAUAAUUAAAUAGAAAUUUAUUUAUAAAAUGCGUUUGCUUAGAUUAUAUGAAACGUGUUGUGCGCGUAACGUGAAAUUAGCACGCGGAUAUCAUAGUGAUGGAGUAUUCGGAUACAAACCAAGAGUAAUUAAUCAGUUUAAUGUUGAUCGUUCUACGGUUGAAAAACGUAAUAAUAAUGGCAAUUUUCAACGAUUGGUUGAUGCGUACCGCACACACGGACAUAAAAUAGCGAAUGUUAAUCCAGUGGCAUUCAAUAAACAACCUAGGUUUCAGAAUGAAUUAGACCCACAACAAUACGGAUUUAAUACCAGCGAUAAACUUAACUUUGAAGGCACUUUAAACACGAAUAUAACUCAAGGAUCAGUAGAAGAUGCUGUUGACUGUUUGCAAAAGAUUUAUUCAUCGACAAUAAGCGCUGAAUUCAUGUAUUUGGAGAGUGAAGAAGAACGUGAAUGGUUCGCUACUCAAAUGGAGAGAUUACCAAGUUUGGAAAUUGAUAAUGAUACAAAGAAAAUCAUAGCUGUAGAAUUAAUUAAAUCACAGGCGUUUGAUAACUUUUUAGCGAAUAAAUUUCCUGGUGUUAAACGUUAUGGAGGAGAAGGUGCCGAGUCAAUGAUGGCGUUUUUCUCGGAGUUUUUUAAAUUAUCUUCAAAAGAUAACAUUGAGGAACUUGUCAUUGCAAUGCCACAUCGAGGAAGACUUAAUUUAUUGACAGGAAUGUUGAAUUUUCCUCCGGUGAAGAUGUUUAUGAAGUUAAAAGGACAACCAGACUUCCCAACGAAAUUUUCAGCGACUGGGGAUGUCUUAAGUCAUGUUAUUUCUUCAACGGAUUUAAAUAUAAAUGGGAAUAACCUUCAUGUUACGAUGUUAUACAACCCGUCGCACUUGGAAGCAGUUAAUCCUGUCUCCAUGGGUAAAACAAGAGCGAAAUAUUUAUCACCUCCUGAUGGUAGUGCAAGCAGUAAAGAAUAUUAUUCUGGAGGCUUUGGAGGAAAGUUUGUUAAUAUACAAGUUCAUGGAGAUGCUGCUUUCGCAGGUCAAGGAAUAAAUCAAGAAACAUUAGCGAUUUCCAACUCACCACACUUUGAAAUUGGUGGAAGUAUUCACUUGGUUGUUAAUAACCAAGUGGGUUUUACAACUCCAGGGGCCCGAGGGAGAUCGUCAAUGUAUUGUACGGAUUUAGCAAAGAUGAUUUCAUCGCCUGUUAUUCACGUCAACGGAGAUUAUCCUGAAGAUGUUUUAAAAGCUACCAGAAUAGCUUUUGAAUAUCAGAGGAAAUUUAGAAAAGAUGUUUUUGUUGAUAUGAAUUGUUAUAGACAAUGGGGACAUAAUGAACUUGAUGAUCCCACCUUCACAAACCCUGCGCAGUAUAAAUUAAUCACAAACAGAAAAACCGUACCAGAUAAAUAUUCAGAAAAAAUGAUAAAAGAAAACAUAAUGACCCAAAAUGAACGUCAGGACCUUAUACAAAACCAUAACAAUUGGUUAAAUGAAGAAUUACGAAUGGUUGAUAGUUAUACCCCUGAAGAUCCAUGUUUUACCCGUCAAUGGACAGGGUUUACUCAGGCUAAGGACCAAAUUACUGUUUGGGAUACAGGAAUUAGUCAAGAAGUACAAAAAUACAUCGGGGAAAAAUCCAUUGCAUACCCUGAAUCUUUCAAUAUCCACCCGAAUCUCCUUAAAAACUACGUAUAUUCUCGAAAAAAACGCUUGGAAUCUGGUAAGAAUAUAGACUGGGCUACAGCUGAAGCCUUCGCCCUAGGAUCCCUAAUCUACCAAGGUUAUAACGUGCGGAUAAGUGGACAAGAUGUCGGCCGUGCAACAUUUUCACACAGACAUUGCAUGCUGGUCGACCAGGAAACAAACCAAAUGUAUAUCCCCUUCAAUAACAUUGAUCCCAAUCAAACUGGGCAUCUUGAAGUGGCAAAUAGUAUUCUCUCCGAGGAAGCAGUCCUGGGUUUCGAAUAUGGCAUGAGUGUAGAGAACCCUAACAAUUUGAUCAUCUGGGAAGCCCAGUUCGGGGACUUCUUCAACACUGCGCAGGUUAUUUUCGAUACUUUUAUCACCAGUGGAGAGUGUAAAUGGUUAUGGUCCUCUGGAAUUACCAUUAUGUUACCACAUGGGUAUGAUGGGGCAGGUCCCGAGCAUAGUUCUUGUAGAUUAGAAAGAUUUCUACAAUUGACUGAUUCCCAUGAGGAUAGACCUGAUGGUGAUAAUGUGAAUAUGCAGGUGUGUCAACCAAGCACACCAGCACAAUAUUUUCAUCUCCUGAGGAGGCAGAUGGUGAGGAACUUCCGGAAACCUUUGAUUAUCAUCACUCCGAAAACAUUACUGAGAUUAUCCGCUUGUACUUCAAGUUAUUCUGACAUGGAGGAAGGUACCUCCUUUAGACCUGUCUUGGGUGAUCCAAAUAUUGAUCCCAGAUUGGUCAAAAAAGUGAUUUUAUGUUCCGGAAAGCAUUAUUAUACCUUGUUUGAUAAAAGGGAGUCUCUGAAUGUGAGAGAUGUGGCUUUGGUGAGGUUAGAAAGUUUCUGCCCUUUCCCAACUCAUGAAUUACAAGCGGAAUUGUCGAAAUAUCCUAACGUUACGAAGUUUGUUUGGAGUCAGGAGGAACCUAGGAAUAUGGGUGCGUGGAGUUUUGUGAAAACACGAAUGGAGAACUUGGUUGGUAAAAGGGUGGUGUAUGCUGGUCGUGGUACCCUACCUACGCCAGCUGUGGGUGUAGGUAAUUGGCAUCAGGAGCAAGUCCAACAAGUUGCUUCCCAACCUUUUGAGAUCUAAUUUUUAAGAGAUGAAAUAAAUUUGUAUUUAAAAUA